AUGGAUUCGGCAGCAGUGCUAGCACGGCAUCGGAAGGAGAAGAAAGACCUGCAGAACCAGGUCACUGGGCUCAAAAAGCAGGCUAGCAAGAAGAACCGGAAGCAGGUGAAUGCCAAGUGCGAAGAGCUGUCGCGCGAGCUGGAGGAGCGCCAUGCCCGCGAAUUAGCGGAGUUGGAACACGAGGGAGGUGAACAGAAGGCCGAUGACGCGGCAGAAGACGGGCAGGUGACGCCCGAAGAGCUGCUGGCACAGCUGGAGCUGGAGCAGCCUGCGGCGGCCGCGGCGCCGGCGCCGCAAGCGGUGGCUAGCGGGCGGCGCGGCAACCGGCGGAAGGAGAAGCUGGCGCGGCGCGAGGCAGAGGUGGCGCGCAUCAAGGCCGAGGCGGCCGCGGAGGCCGCGGAGCAGCCGGACCUCAGCAAGGGCGAGGAGGCACUGCUGCAGCAGUUGUGCAGCACGGCCGGGCUCCGCGCGGUGGACAUCCAGCCUGACGGGCACUGCCUGUUCGCGAGCGUGCUGGACCAGCUCCGGGCGCGCCACGGGGAGCGCGCGUGUGAGCCUUACUGCCUGCCUCAGUCGUACGAGGGCCCCCGCAGCGCGGCGGAGAUGGACGUGUGGGCGCUGCGGAAGCUCGCGUGCUGCCAGGUACGCGAGCACCCAGACGACUUUGUCCCCUACCUGUUCGACGAGCAGACGCUCGAGCUUCAGGACGUUGCCACAUACACAGCGGCGAUCGAGAGCUCGGCCAAGUGGGGUGGGGAGAUUGAGUUACUGGCGCUCAGCCAGGUGUUCCGGUGCUGCAUCAGUGUGCUGAUGGCCGGCCGGUCCACACACCGGGUCAACGAGCAGCACGCGGUGAACCCCGAGCUCAAACUGGUGUACUAUAAGCACAGCUACGCGCUGGGUGAGCACUACAAUUCGCUGCGCGAUGCUGCAUAA